GUCUGUCCUCGAUGCCGUCAGCCUUGGCCAUCUUCACUUGUCGCCCGAACUCACACCCGUUUCAGGAGCGUCAUGUCUACCUGGACGAGCCUAUUAAAAUCGGCCGCUCGGUGGCCCGCUGUCGACCAGCACAGAAUAAUGCUACCUUUGAUUGCAAAGUGCUGUCAAGGAACCAUGCUCUCGUCUGGUUUGAUCACAAGACGGGCAAGUUUUAUCUCCAAGACACUAAAAGUAGUAAUGGUACCUUUAUAAAUAGUCAGAGAUUGAGUCGAGGCUCUGAAGAAAGUCCACCAUGUGAAAUUCUUUCCGGUGACAUUAUCCAGUUUGGGGUAGAUGUGACGGAGAACACACGGAAAGGUACGGUUACCCAUGGGUGUAUUGUUUCCACAAUAAAACUUUUUCUACCAGAUGGUAUGGAAGCCCGGCUCCGCUCAGAUGUCAUCCAUGCUCCAUUACCAAGUCCUGUUGACAAAGUUGCUGCUAACACUCCAAGUAUGUACUCUCAGGAACUAUUCCAGCUUUCUCAGUAUCUUCAGGAGGCCUUACAUCGGGAACAGAUGUUGGAACAGAAGUUAGCCACGCUUCAGCGGCUACUAGCCAUCACCCAGGAGGCUUCAGAUACCAGUUGGCAGGCUUUAAUAGAUGAAGAUAGACUCUUAUCACGGUUAGAGGUUAUGGGAAACCAAUUACAGGCUUGCUCCAAAAAUCAAACAGAAGAUAGUUUACGGAAGGAACUUAUAGCAUUACAGGAGGAUAAACACAACUAUGAGACGACAGCCAAAGAGUCCCUGAGGCGGGUUCUUCAGGAGAAAAUUGAAGUGGUUAGAAAACUUUCAGAAGUUGAGCGAAGUCUGAGUAAUACUGAAGAUGAAUGUACCCACCUGAAAGAAAUGAAUGAACGGACUCAGGAAGAAUUAAGAGAAUUAGCCAAUAAAUAUAAUGGAGCAGUUAAUGAGAUUAAAGAUUUAUCUGAUAAAUUAAAGGUAGCAGAGGGAAAACAAGAGGAAAUCCAACAGAAGGGACAAGCUGAGAAAAAAGAAUUACAACAUAAAAUAGAUGAAAUGGAAGAAAAAGAACAGGAGCUCCAGGCAAAAAUAGAAGCUUUGCAAGCUGAUAAUGACUUCACCAAUGAAAGGCUAACAGCUUUACAAGUACGGUUAGAACAUCUUCAAGAGAAAACUCUUAAAGAAUGCAGCAGCUUAGGGACACAAGUUGAUGACUUCUUACCUAAAAUAAAUGGGAGCACAGAAAAAGAGCACUUGCUUUCAAAGAGUGGCGGGGACUGCACUUUUAUUCAUCAAUUCAUAGAAUGCCAGAAGAAGCUGAUCGUCGAGGGGCAUCUAACCAAAGUGGUAGAAGAAACAAAGCUUUCAAAAGAGAACCAGGCAAGAGCAAAGGAAUCUGAUUUAUCAGAUACCCUGAGUCCAAGCAAGGAGAAAAGUAGUGACGACACUACAGACGCCCAAAUGGAUGAGCAAGACCUAAAUGAACCCUUUGCUAAAGUGUCCCUAUUAAAAGAUGACUUGCAGGGUGCACAGUCAGAAAUUGAGGCAAAACAAGAAAUUCAGCAUCUUCGGAAGGAAUUGAUUGAAGCCCAGGAACUAGCUAGAGCAAGUAAACAAAAAUGCUUUGAACUUCAAGCUCUUUUGGAAGAAGAAAGAAAAGCCUAUCGAAAUCAAGUUGAGGAAUCCAGUAAACAAAUACAGGUUCUUCAAGCCCAACUGCAGAGGUUACACAUCAAUAUUGAGAAUCUCCGGGAGGAGAAGGAUAGUGAAAUCACCGGCACUCGAGAUGAAUUGCUUAGUGCCCGAGAUGAAAUUUUACUCCUUCAUCAAGCAGCAGAAAAGGCUGCCUCUGAGCGGGACACUGACAUUGCUUCUCUACAAGAAGAGCUUAAGAAAGUGCGAGCCGAGCUUGAGCGGUGGCGGAAAGCAGCAUCUGAAUAUGAGAAAGAAAUCAUGAGUUUGCAAAAUACUUUUCAGCUUCGAUGUCAGCAAUGUGAGGACCAGCAGAGAGAAGAAGCAACGAGGCUACAAGGUGAACUAGAGAAGUUGAGAAAGGAAUGGAAUGUAUUGGAAGCCGAAUGCCGUUCUCUAAAAAAGGAAAACGUUUUGCUAUCAUCAGAACUGCAGCGGCAAGAAAAAGAAUUGCACAAUUCUCAGAAGCAGAGUUUAGAGCUUACCAGUGAUCUCAGCAUCCUGCAGAUGACUAGGAAAGAGCUUGAGAAUCAAGUGGGAUCCUUGAAAGAACAGCAUCUUCGGGAUUCAGCUGAUUUAAAAACUCUUCUCAGUAAGGCUGAAAACCAAGCAAAGGAUGUACAGAAAGAGUAUGAAAAGACACAGACUGUACUCUCAGAACUGAAGUUGAAGUUUGAAAUGACUGAGCAGGAAAAACAAUCAAUCACAGAUGAGCUCAAACAAUGUAAAGACAACCUGAAGCUGCUCCGAGAGAAAGGAAAUAAUCCUUCCAUAUUACAACCCGUCCCAGCCGUAUUCAUCGGCCUAUUCCUGGCUUUCCUGUUUUGGUGUUUCGGUCCAUUGUGGUAGAGAAAGAAACCCUGGCCCUGGAUGCCCAUGUUGGCUGCCCUGGUUGCGGUGACAGCCAUCGUGCUGUACGUGCCAGGUCUGGCCAGAGCUUCUCCAUGAGAGCGUUUCUUGAGUCCGUACACCGUCCUCCCUCUAGAAGCUGGCACCACACUCAUGCUGGGGACAAACCAGAACCAUUUUCUUCCUUUUUACCUCUUAAAACAGCAGAAGUGCAAGAAUACAGCUGUAGGGUCAUUGCUUUAAAUUAUAUAAAAUGUAUCUGUCUAUAAAGAGGAUAUAAAAUUGUGACUUUAUUCUACUGUAAGCAAUAAUUUGCUUGCAAUUUUUCAUGUAAUUUUUAAAUUAGUAUGUUGAAAUUCUGAAUAUUAUGGUGGCCUAAAGUAGGCUUCUUGGUACACCAAAUUAUUUAUAACAUUAAAUUUAUGGGUAUUUUACUCUGAAUUCUAAUGGCCAGAUAACUCAUUUUUUUUGAUUCGAUAACUACCCAAACCAAACAACUGAUACAUACAUGGGAAGAGAGGCCCUGUGUGCUCAGUGCCUAUCAGUUUGAAUAUAUACACAUAUAUAUAUAUAUUUUUUACAUAUUUACGCCAUUUUUACUUGUUAUAAAACCACUGAGCUAUUGGGAACAAGACUUAGAGACAACUAUUUGCGUGGAUUUUUUUUUUUUUUUUUAAGGAGAAAUACACUUGGAAAAUACUCUGUUCUAGUGAUAAUUUGGGGAAUAUAUGCACGUUUGUUCAGCCUUAAUGUGACUUGAUGAUGUGGAGGACAUCAACUUUGAAAAACUUUCCAUGAGAGUGUGUAUUUUCUUGAGCAAACUGAAGUAUUUCUGGGAGCAAAAACAUAGUAAUUAUACAGUUUCAGUGCAGUAAACCAAACUGUUGAGUCAAUUGGAAUGUAAUUUAUUAAACCUCAUGUAUUUAAAGAGAUAUUUUCUUUAAAAGCCAAGUUACUUUCUCAUAUACAGCAUUUUAGGAAGCAUGACUUUUUUUUUCCUAUCAUCUCUUCCUCCAAGCAUGUUUAAUUGAAGAAAGAAUUAAUAUCUCUUUAGAUAAGCUUUUACUGACUUAAUUUGGUUAAUGAUAUUUCAAAGCUAAUUCAUGUUCGAGGUGAGCUGUUGUUACCUACCAACAGAUUUCCUGGUUGGGGAGGCAAAUGGUUAUUUUCUUUUUAUUGUUGUUAAUUGGGACGUUCUGUUAAUGAGAAGCACUAUUCCCAAGAUUAAUAGUGUUCCAUGCACAGUAAAGCACCUAAACACUGCUUGAUGUUACAAAUUUAAAACACGGAAGUGAAGGUUUAGCUAUGGUUUUUGUGCGGCACCACAGUUAUGUCAAUGAAGUUUAUAUAGGUCAUAGAAUAUCCUGAAGUAUCACAUAGUUAAAUUUUUCAGUCAGUGAAAACUGAGAGGGAAUGUCAGUGAAUUGGCUUGAAUGUUCUGUGGCAAUCCACAGGCCUAGCCGAAUAUUGAAAUAGAAGUUUAGGAUAUAAUUUGCCUUGUAAUGUUUGGCAGUCAUUGUUUAUACUUUAAAGGUUAUAUUUUAAGCCAUUUGGGGUUUGCUGUUGGGAGGAUCACUAGAUUUAUGGAGGAAUUAGUCACAAAUGACUUGUAGAAAAUACUGUCAUAUAGUUCAUUUCAUCACUUUCUGUUGCAGGAAGCCACUCCACCACAGAAUGCUAAUAUGCCAGUGGUACCCAGUACCUCCUGUAUAUAGGUUAUUGCAAAUAUUGUUCUGAAAUGCUUAACUUCAGAAUUACAUUUUUUAAAGUAAAUAAUUGUUUUAAAUCUAUUUUGUAAAGAUAUAAAGUACAAUAGAAUUUCUGGAGUACAGAUUAAACUAUUUGCACUAACACACGUGAUGUGCAUGAUUUAAUAAAAUAACUUUACUCUCCCUAUG